UAUGAUCUGCUUGGAGAUUACAUAUUUGUAAACGUGUGACCCAUUGUAUACCUAGCCCAAUUAGGCAAAAUGUACAGAACAUCUUAUUUAAAAGAAACGAAAGACUAUGGAGGAUAUAUGCCAAGGAUAGCCAUGAGAAUCCAAUUAACAGACUACGCAUUACGUCAUCGACAUAUUCCAUACAUGGGCAUUGGAGGUCGUCCGACAGGUCACUGACACCAAUAAAGUAAGUGCAGAUGCAAACCAAGGAGGUACCCGCACGGUUAAAUAUUCACCUGUGUGUGUGCUUCUGAUAACUGUCUUACAACAGACACCUAGCCACUCGACAACUACCACGUACGAUAGGCAUCUUUCAUGAGACUCACCGUCGACACAGAGCCACGUCAGCUUUAUACGCCGUAUUAGAACAAGAAGGUCGACUCUAGGGCACAUCAGCCAUGGACGGAAAAGACAACACCGCUUCUGGUAUAGACAAGUAUGCCAAAAAGCCGAGGAAACAGGCACCCAGCACUGUAACAGGUCCUCUGUGGUCUAUACUGUCGGGUAUCUUGUCGGCCCUGUCGGCAACACUGCUACAACUUGCCGCUGAGGUGCCCCUGUUCCACACGAUCGUUGUCCGAUGCACCAUACAACUCUUGGCGGCGGUGGCCGUCCUCUGGGCCCGACGGGGAUCCGACUUCGCUACGGUGAAGAGGCGGACGUUGCCGUGGCUGGCGCUUCGUGGCCUCGUAGCCUUUGUAGCCUUCUGUGCUAACGACUACGCCAGCACUACGUUACCUCUAGGAGAAGCCAUUGCGAUCCGACAAACCAGCCCGAUAUUCACAGCGUUCCUGGGCUUCUUGUUCUUCCACGAACCCGUCGGUGGUCUCGAGGUCCUGCUAGCCGGCAUGUGCUGGUUAGGAGUAACCCUAAUAUCAAGUUCGCAGGCCGCCGAUUCGCACGAUGAUGACCUUGACCCUGCCCUUACCGAGAAAACUCUGAAGGUCACGGUAGCGAUUGUUGGUGCCAUGUCGGCCGCCUUGGCCUUCCUAGUUGUCGGUAAGCUCUCUCGGAGGGACAAAGUCUCGACAAACGUUCUGGUUUUCGUCCGGUGUCUUGUGACGACGUUGUUGUCUGCGGGCUCGAACGCGUUGUUCCUUGGCGGGAUGAGUGACGUCAUCAAUAUGAGCGGGUCGAACUUGAUCUUGCUGGUGACGUCAGCACUGUGUGAUUUGGGAAGUAACUUUUCCUUGACCAAAGGCCUGUCCCUAUCCAGAGUAGCCUCACACUCCAUCAUUCUCCGGAACUCCAACGUGCUGGUGUCGUUUCUGGUCCAGAUCGUGGUGUUCAGUGACUUCCCGACAUUUCAGAGUCUCGCAGGUGCAGCUGUUAUAGUUGUAUCAGGAGUGGUCACGGCCGUCAAGAGUAGAGGAUGAGAGUCCGCUCUGUUUCAGUCUUUCUUACAAUUCUAAGAAACGUAGUAACGCUUGGGACCAAUUGAAAUUCAAAAUGCUAUUAAAUGCUGAUCUAGUAAGUCACUUUUCGUUUGAGUAUAGGAUCUUGAUGUAAAGAGUGGAGGUAAACAUAGGUCUAGUAGUCUAAAAAUCUAUCUGAAGCAU